ACUUGAUGACAAAAUUGAUUUUCUAGAUGUAUUUGACUCUCUACAAAUGCUAUAUGAUGAUAUAAUUUGUAUUAAGGAGACAGGUCAUACUUUUUGUUUUUUCACCUACUGUAAUUGAAACACCAAAUGACAAGUGAUGUUUUCUUUAAAUGCAAAUCAUCAAAUGGGUUAUAUUUUAAGUGUUGAAAUCCACAAAACCUUGGUCUCCCAUCGUUGUUAUUGCAAGAAAUCAUUCAAAUUCCCAUGUAAGGAUUACUGUGGUUUUCUUACGACAAUUGCUCUUUGGUGUAAAAACAACACUAAAUGAAAAAUACACUCUCUAGACCAGGUGUGGGUAAACGUUUUGACUCAUGGGCCACAACUGUCCUAAAACUGCUAUUCUGUGUGUGUGUGUGUGUGUAUGUUCCCUAUAUAAAUGACAAUAGUUGUGUUGUGAGCUGAACGCAGCAGACUGUUAAAAUCCUAGUCUGUCUUGUGUAUCUGAUUUACACAGUGGGUGUCUGUGGAUGAGCAGCCUCCAUCUCAGCUGAGGAGCUCAGCCAGAAAAUCAUCAAGCCCUGGUUUCAACCUGGUACCACCCUGUAAAUCAACUCCAGCAGAGGCCUGAGUCAACAUUCAGUGCACCCCCCACCGCCACCAGAAUAUACCCCAUAUGUUUUUAUCUUUGGAACAGGAACCAUUUCAUGUGAAACAGAGGCGUCUUUGUUGCUGUAUAUGUAGCACUUUAUAUGUCAUAAACAAUAAACUAGAUUGAUCAACCAUCACUGUACGCCAAAUUCUAGAAUCACCCGUGCUCGGCUUCAAUAGCUCCUUGACAUUUUAGGUUCAUUACCAUCUCAAUUAAAAUUGUUACAUACCAGCGGAGACCAUGGGCUGCUGUUCUAAUGGUUGCCCCCAAGGGGGAGAUUGAUGUGUUAUGUUUUUGUUUUUCAAGAUGCUCUGUAUUAAAUCAUUGUAACUUUGAAAGGCUAACAUAGUGUUUAUAGACACAGUUUUAGAUAAAAUGAUGUCACCAAUAUGUUGUUUUUCCCCUUUUCUAAGUUAUGUAUUUUCUAAUAAAUUUGUUUGGUCAAGUCAUGAUUUUUGGAUACUAUAUAGGCUAUUAUUAGAUACUAUAUGCAUGCAUUUCUGAAACGGUUGAUUUCACAAAUUCAUGAAUAAAUGUUAAUAAAGAGAGAAAUGCAUGUUUUUUUAAUGUUCUGUCUGAAGAAAAUUCAAAUAUCUUACUGAGUAUUGUGUAGUAUCCUCGUGUUCUUCUCUUCAGGAACACAAAUUCAGAAUAUUUGUAAUAUUAUGAAGACGUCUUCUCUGAUCUAUGACGUCAUAUUCUCCUUAUAUCCCUCUUGAACACACAAUCCCAAUAUAUCCAUCCCCAUUUCUGAGAUGGGAUGAUCUGGACCACACGGUAGACUUCUGAGUCAGCUUCAUCACAUUCCCACUACUUCAUGAUAAUGGUCCGAACCCGGGAGGAGAGAGGGGUGGGCGACGGGGGGCGUGGCGGCAGUGGGUGAGUUGUUAUGAGAGUCACACAUGGUUCACAGUCUGGAGCUGGGACCAUGGAGGAGAAGGGAGAGCUGCGGCUGAAGAGCGCAACUCCUGAUAAGGAGGAGACGCACGAAAUUACUAUAAGAACAUGAAAUAGAGAAUAUUAUUUCAAUGUCAUUGUUGAAGUAAACUAUGAACAAUAGGUUGAUCCGUGGCCAUCAGGGCGCAGCAGACUUCUACAGACUGACUGGAGCCGUGGAGAGGAUUUCAAUGCGCGCGUCUCCGUGUCUUCAGUCUGUGACCUGUCGUUUUGAUGGACUCUUCAGAAGAAAACAACAAAAUGUGAAAUAACAGCAGCAUUCAGCCAGACCAUCACCUGGACUGAGAGAGUAAAGUUAAAAAGUCGGGAUGGACGCAUUCAACGGCAGCGGGAUGGACGCCUUCACUGUGAUCCAACUGAAUUCCUCCUGGAAUCUCGACAGCGGAUAUUCCACUGCAUCCAUCGCCGGCAUCGCUGCUCUCGUAAGUUUCCUCAUUCUCUUCACCGUGGUUGGGAAUAUUCUGGUGGUCAUCGCUGUGUUAACCAGCCGUGCGCUCAAAGCCCCACAGAACCUCUUCCUGGUGUCCCUGGCCACCGCGGACAUCCUGGUGGCCACCCUGGUCAUGCCCUUCUCUCUGGCCAACGAGCUCAUGGGCUACUGGUAUUUUGGGAAAGUUUGGUGCGGCAUUUAUUUGGCGCUGGAUGUGUUGUUUUGCACUUCGUCGAUUGUGCAUCUGUGCGCAAUCAGCCUGGACCGUUACUGGUCCGUUACGCAGGCUGUAGAGUACAACCUGAAGCGGACCCCUAAACGCGUCAAGUGCAUCAUCGUCAUCGUGUGGCUCAUCUCUGCCUUCAUCUCCUCUCCGCCGCUCAUCUCAAUAGAGGGCGACGCUGAUGUCAGCUCUCAGCCUCAGUGCGAGCUCAACGACGACACCUGGUACAUCCUGUCCUCCAGCAUCGCCUCCUUCUUUGCUCCAUGUCUGAUCAUGAUCCUGGUCUACAUCAGAAUAUACCAAGUGGCCAAAACCAGGACCAGAGGCAUGUCAGGAAAAAGCCCCAGGCCGGAUGGUGUGACACAGACAGAGAAUGGGCUGAGCAAAACAAUGACCCCUCCUCUCCACGCCGAGAAAGAAAACGGUCACUGUCAGUGCCUGCCUACGCCCAGCCAGCACACUGUCACCAUGGGCGCACAGACUGAGGAUGGUGACAUGGAGGAGAGCACCUCCUCAGAGGGAAAAGGCCACGAACCUCAACAACAUGACUCACAGAGGGCAAAGAGGGUCAGCCAGAAGAAGAGAGCCCUCUCUAAACACUCCACCCGCAUCUCCAGGGUCAGUAACAAGUCCAUGGACCUCUUCACCUCCAGGAGGAAAUGCAGGCGCAGCUCGGUGGCCAGGAAAAAGAUCUCGCAGGCCAGGGAGAAGAGGUUCACUUUUGUCCUGGCUGUAGUCAUGGGGGUGUUUGUGGUGUGCUGGUUCCCCUUUUUCUUCAGCUACAGCCUGUACGGCGUGUGUAGGGACUCCUGUAAAAUACCUGACCCUCUCUUUAAAUUCUUCUUCUGGAUUGGCUACUGUAACAGCUCUCUCAAUCCUGCCAUCUACACCAUUUUCAACCGGGACUUUAGACGUGCAUUCCAGAAAAUCCUCUGCAAGUCGUGGAAAACGUCCCAUUAGUUUUAAAGCGGAGCAGAUGCACAGUGACAAUCUCCAAAAAAACCCCAAGGAGCUCUGUUUGGUCUUUGACUGCUCCUUGUCAGUGUCCUGUGGUGAUCCAGUCAUGAAAGUGCACCUUGAUCCACUCCCUCUUUCACAGCUCCAUCACUAGGAUUGUUUCCAUUCGAGAUUUCUCAGUCCUUUUAGUGAGCGUCAUGGCUUUUGUUGUUACCAGUGUGUGUAAUGUACUGUACCGUGUACCAACAUCAAACAAACUUUCUGUAAAAUCCAGAAUUCAUGCACGAAUGGCAGGAAGUACCUGGUACAAAAGCGUAGCUGCUGGUUCUCCUCUAGUUCACCUGCUCUAUCUGCCACAUCUUUGUUUCUUUGAGGGUUUUUUUUUUUACAUAUUUAUUUAUUACACCGAUUAUUUUGGUAUAGAUUUAAUAAGGUGUUUAACAAAAACAAACCACGGAAGAAAUGAAUUGUCAGUGCACAAAAGAUGCAAAGGUGAAAGAGGACAUUUACAAGACAGCACAGGAGAGCUGCUGUGAUGUUGACUACGGAGACAGUGUGGUCAAAGAUAAGGGGCAAAAAUGGAGGUGGCAGUUGUAGAUGCUGAAAUAUUUUAGUUUAGUGUGACUAGGAUGGAGCAGUGUGAGAACAAAGCUAGAGAAGGAACAGACACUGGACAUACUGGACAAACGAUGAGAGGAAGAGGACAAAGAAAGUUCUUUCAUGCUCUGAAGAACAGGAGUGGCACUUGAUCCAGUGUGAGAUUUCUGAUGUGGAGCAGUAAACCAAACGUUGUGAGCAGCACACAGCAGCAAUUAUUAUUAUUGUUCAACAAUUGUCUAUUCUCCUCUGUCUAUCCACACUAUGAGCUUAAUGCCUGAAAUUCCUCUGCACAUUGAUGCCCCCUACAGUCUAGGUGAAGAAACUGCAUAUUGUUUAAAACAAGACAACUAAUAAGUUAUUUUAUCCCUAGAUUCUGUCUUUUCACAGUAAGAGGCUUUCGGCUCAACUAAGUAGUAUUCAACCAGAAAUAGUCAAGUCUGCAGACUCCAAACCAAUAUGUUUGGAGUCUGCAGGUAUUUCAUUUCUGUUUUUUUUUCUUCUUAAAAAUAAGAAUCUAGGAGAGAAGAAAAGAAAUAGAAGGUAAAGUGUCUGCCCUCUCUGAGUUAUUGUGGCCCAUUGUAAGAGUCAAUUUUCCAGACUAGAAUUAAAUUAUCAACAACAUCAUACACACAUAAUUUCAGCUUUAAACUAGCUGCUGUGGGAAGAUGGGAAAAGUGGUGCACACUGGCUGAGCCUGUACUGGAGUCGAAGAGAAAACAAACUUUCUGCAUUUUCUUUUCCUGAUUGAGCAGAAUACAACGCCAGGACAUGAGUUCACAACUGUUUCAACAAUUGAAUGAACUGUUUUUUUA